AUAGUAGUCCGCACGCAUUCAUACACAUUGUUGUAUAGUGAAUGGCCGUGUUUAUGUGCGUAUUUUGUAAUUUUUUUUUUCUAUUAUUUUUGACGUCGGAAAGUUUCGGAAGAACUUUGUUGUGCUGUAGUGCGGUGAUUAAUGUGACUGAUUUUCAUAUCGAUACAUAUUUGAAAAAUUUUAUAUCUAAUCCUGAAUUGCAUGUUAAACAACUUGCCUAAAUAUUUUGACCUCGUAAAUAAGUAUAUGACAUGGUGAAGUGAAAGAAUGGCGACCACAACGAUGGUAGUGUCACCGCUGGCCACGCAGUCAUCACCAAAAAACAAACGGAGGCUGUUUGCUGAAGCCAAACAGAACAGUCUUCAGAAACUGAGCAUCAUAUUCGACCACGGAAAUAAAAAUGGCAAUGGUGGGGAGACGACGUGGUGUUUCAGUCAGGUGAAGGGUACUCUUGAAGAUGACGUGACUGAAGCGGACCUCAUAUCGUGCGUAGAGUUCAACCACGACGGCGAACUCCUCGCCACCGGCGAUAAGGGAGGACGAGUUGUCAUUUUUCAGAGAGAUCCAGCAUCAAAACAAUGUGUACCGAAGAAAGGCGAGUACAACGUGUACUCGACAUUCCAGUCACACGAGCCCGAAUUUGACUACCUCAAGUCUUUGGAAAUCGAGGAGAAGAUCAACAAAAUAAGGUGGCUCAAGCGCAAGAAUCAAGCGCAUUUUCUACUAUCCACCAACGACAAGACUAUCAAACUAUGGAAGGUGUCAGAGCGCGACAAGCGCGUAACGGGGUACAAUACCCGCGAGGAGGGCGGGCGGCCCCGAGACCCGGCGCGGAUCACGCAGCUGCGCGUGCCCACCGUCCGCCCCGCCGAGCUCAUGGUCGAGGCCUCGCCCAGGAGAAUAUUCGCGAAUGCUCACACUUACCACAUAAAUUCGAUCUCGCUCAAUUCCGAUCAGGAGACAUACCUAUCUGCUGACGACCUCCGAAUCAACCUCUGGCACUUAGAAAUAACUGAUCAGAGCUUUAACAUAGUGGAUAUCAAGCCAGCCAAUAUGGAGGAGCUCACAGAGGUUAUUACUGCUGCAGAGUUUCAUCCAACUGAAUGUAAUCUCUUUGUAUAUUCUAGUAGUAAGGGUACGAUCCGGUUGUGCGACAUGCGUGCGGCGGCGCUGUGUGACCGCCACGCGAAACUGUUCGAAGAACCCGAGGAUCCUCAUGCUCGGUCGUUCUUCUCCGAGAUCAUAUCCUCUAUUAGCGAUGUCAAGCUGAGCAACUCUGGCAGAUAUAUGAUGUCGAGGGACUAUUUAGGUUUAAAAGUAUGGGAUCUCCGAAUGGAGACAAAACCAGUAGAGACAUAUCCUGUGCACGAAUAUCUACGCUCUAAAUUGUGUUCGUUGUACGAGAAUGACUGUAUCUUCGACAAGUUCGAAUGCUGUUGGAGCGGUGACGAUCAGCGGCUCAUGACUGGCUCUUAUAAUGGAUUCUUUAGGGUGUUCGAGCGCGGCGUGGUGGGCGCGGCGGGCGCGGGCGGCGCGGGCGGGCGGCGCGGCGAGCUCACGCUGGAGGCGUCGCGCGAGGCGGCCGCGCGGCCCCGCCAGCCGCUGCGCGCGCGCCGCGUCGCCGCCACCGCCAAGAGGAAGAAGGACGAAAUAAGUGUCGACUGUCUCGACUUCAACAAAAAGAUCCUCCACACAGCGUGGCACCCCCAUGAGAGCAUCAUAGCAGUCGCCGCGACGAAUAACCUCUUUAUUUUCCAAGACAAAUUUUAGCGGGCCAGCGCCUCAGCAUAGAUAACUGGCCUUAGGUAAGCGAGGACUAGCACGCUGUCGCCGGGGUUACUACUUAUCAGUCUUAAGCGCUCUCUACACAUUCGGCGAGAUAUCACUAUUUUUGCAGAGUUUUAUCUAGUCUCACACGCUCACGUGGAGCUUCGCCACACACUCAGAUGAACUUUAAUAAUGCACACUGAUUUUUAUUUAAAAUAGUAUUUCCUAUAUUCAAAAAUUUUUGUUUAUGUUAUUAUAUAAAGUAGUUCAUAAAUGAAUAAUAUCCAAAUACAUAUGCGCCCAUCUUAAUUGAGUGAUCCUUUAAGUGAUGCCAUAUAAGAGAUAGGUCUAGCCAAAGACAUUCGACGAUUCGUCUCGGCGAGUGUGUAGAGUGCUAUUUAUGACGUACAUCUGGCAACAGACGUGCGCGUACUACAAAAUAGUUAAAACGCAUUGUGUUAUUAGAUUAUGCGAAAUGUUCAUCUGCUUCGGUUGGAGACUGUAAUUGUCCAGUUUGGUCCUUAUCUCCCAUAUAAAUAUGAUAGUUAUGUUGUGUUUUGUUUAAAUUUCGAAUACUCACGGUUUUUUUUUGUCUUAAUACAUAGAAUGUCGCUUCUGUAAUUAUGUGUAAUAAUUUAUUUCAUUUAUAUCAGCCGUUAACUGUCCACUGUUGAACAUAGGCCUUUCCCAGAACGGAGAUUUUUGCCAGUAGUUGCCCCACUUAGCACUUUGGCGGGUUGGCAACCGCUGUUAGGCUUUUCGUGAUGUUUUAAGAGGGACGCUGCUGUCCAUUCGUCAACCACUAAUUUCCCUUUUUCGCCUCUUACAAUGCCCACGGGAAAGGAAAUGGUGGCUCAUUCUAUGCUCUGACCAUACAACAAUAUAUUUCAUUACAAAUGUUUAUUAUAUUUAUGGUUUUGGAGUGUAUCCCAUCAUAUUAUCUCUUCCUUCUGAGCGGACAAGCGUAACUUAAUUUCAAAAUGUAUACUUCAUAUUUUAUGGGAUAUGGACUACAUUGGAUUAAAAGACUAAUUCUCUAUAGGCGUUAUGUUGAAUUUGCAAAUAGUCUGAUCAAUGCUACUGCUAAUUUAUUACGCGUAAACAUCUAUAUAUAUCGAUAUGAGAUUCGAAAAGAAUUCCAUCCAAUGCUUUAAACCACCGCCUUAGGGGAAUAAAUUAACGACAAUGGUUUAGUAAAAAAUACUACUGUAUGCAGGUAAAAAGCAGGCGUAAAAACUUGCGUCUUCCUUUUCACUCGCACCGCUAACGACAGAGAUGGAGUACGUCAUAGGCGUGUUAUCUUCCACAUUACGACGCGAAUUUAGGAAGUACAAUUUUAUAAAUAGAACGAAUUGAUGUCCUCCUUACUUUUGGCGUGUAAACUGCGGUAGCCGUCAAUAGGGUUGGCAGAAAGAGCAAAUCGUAUGGCAAACACUUAUGUCCAAUUCGGGCCCUCCCAAAAUAAAUGCUAACAUUGUGAGUUGUAGUUAAGUUUUGUGGUUUAUUAUUAUUAUUUUAAAAUUAACUUAUAAAUAUACUAAAAUUAUGUGCAAAGUAUACAUUAUACAUAACGAUUUUUUAUAAUACAUAAUGCACAUGUUUUGAACGUUAUUGGUACACCUGUUUUAAAUAAUGUCUUAUACACAAUAAUAAUACUGAUAUAUAUAGUCGAGGUAUGGUAGCCGCGCGAAUUUUACUUUCUGUAUUGUACAUUAGAAGAGAGGGAUGCAUUAAUAAAAGAAUUGUUUGAAAUCGAUUACGUAAGUCGUUACGCGGUUUUUAAAAAAGUUGUCUGGUUCACAAGUGAGAGAAAUAUUUUAUGCUUUUUACAUUACAAAUUAUAGCUUUGCUCCGCUCAAGUCACUAUUGACGGCUACCAUCGCAGUAUUGUUGACGUAUUGCGUCGUAUUCUGUGGUCAUACUAUUGGUGUUUACAACAAUACAUUUAGAUGUCUUUUAUGUGUAUUUAUUUAUAGUUUUGUAAUGCUUUUUUUUACUUGGUUCUUGCCUCAAAAUUUAUUAUUUAUUGUUGACAAAUUUAUCAGUACGAAGUAAUCAUGUGUUGUAUUCUGCCAGUUUAUAUUUUUGGUGCAAAUAAUUAUAAACCAUGUCACCAUAUGCUAUAAAGUUGCCAUAUAAUAUGACGCAAUAUAUUUAGUUAGAUAGAAACUAAGUCCGUUAAUUAACUCUGAUAUACGCUUUUCAUACUUAAGGUUCUAAGCGAUAGUAUUUAUUGUUUAACCACAUAAGUGAUGCUUACAUUGUCACAUGAGAUUAGUUAGGAUUCAAAUGGACAUCAGCUUGUUGCUUGAAAUGUAAAAUAUGACCGUUAUUUCCUUUGUCUAAUGUAAUCAAAAUAAAAAAAAAAAAUCAAUUAGCUAUGUAGAAAAUAGUCAAAUUACUGUUUUCUGCAUAACUAGCUCCGUUUGGAGUAAUGUUACGAAAUUAUGAUAAUUGGUCGGUUUCAUACACACAAAAUAAUUAUUAAAAUGUAUAUAUAUUUAUGUAAAAUAGUAUCUACUUAAUACAUUUCAAGUUUCAAGCCUGAAAAAAUUGGUAUUAACUGAAUAAAAUAUUGUAAAAAACGUCAUGUUUAUUUAUGUGUGAUGUCAAUUUUUGUAUUCAAUUUUUAUUUUGAACACGAUCAAUUCCACCGUAAUGUUAAAAACGAAAGUUUAUUCAUAUAGUUUACAUAUACAAGAAAUGUGAGCUAACAGAUAAUAUUCAUAUUUAUUUGUGUUGAAUUUCUGAAUUAAGAGAUUCUGUAGCUAUUAAAUUGAAAAUAUUAAAGACUAUAUGGAUAAUAUGAUUUUCAAUUAUCAAUAAUCGGAUAAAUUCAUAACUGAUCGAGAUCUCGAUAAUAAAGUAAUAUAUCGAUAAGGGUAGUAAAGUCUAGGCGAUGUAAUAUCGCUUCUCUUCCUACGAGAUUACAGGCUGUUUCUAAACAAUAUAUCAAUCCGAGUUCAAAUGACAGUCAGGCAUCGAUUAAAUGUCGGUUUUAUAAUAUUGUUAAAAAAUAGUGGCGAGUCGAUCAAAAUAAAGUUGGAACGAGCUUGAUUCAAGCGAACAGGCGGUUGACGUCGAUAAACAAAUUAAGUUACCGCCUUUUACCUUAGCUUCGUCUAUUAGAAUUACGAUAACCGUGCUCGUUAGGUUUGGGGCACACUUGGCGAAUGUCGCAUCUAAUGGAGUGUUUAAUUAUCAUAUAUGCACACAUUUACACUUAUGAUCCAUUUAAUUUUAAAUUGCCUAUUGAUUUUUUAUGGAAAUCCAAUGAUAAAAUAUUGAUCAUAAAUUUACUUUUACAUUUAUGUAGGUUUUAUUAGUAAAAGUUGUGUUAAGUAUUUUGUACAAAAUGACUACUUCUCCCGAGUAGUAUACAAUUGUUCUUAAUCAUUACAGAAUUUUAAUAAUUUUUAUCAUCUAUUUAACAAUGAUAUUAUAAUUAAAACAUGAGUAAUUUUUUUCUGUUUGAAUAAAGGUCUUAUAAUUAAUAAUAAUUAAAGAUUGUGUCCCACUAAAAACCGACUUUAAUUGUGACAAAGUCAGUUAUUUUGAUCUAAAAACUAUUGCACCGAUUUGGAUAACAUUUCUAUAGGACCAAUCUGUAAGUUAUAUCCAUUCAGAUGAAAAAUAAUUUUUCAAAUCGGUUUAGACUGACUUUUUGAAAUCGGUUGAAAAUGACUUUGAAUAGAGUUAGGUUACAUUCGCGAAGUGUGUCGCGUUCCUAACACUAUGAUACGUAAUCGACGCGCAAGCGCAUACAUUCUGGUUUUAAUUUCCAGGCUCGUGCCUUAUAUAUGUAGUGUUUUUGUUAAUCAUUCUUUAUUUAUUAUUAUCUAUUUUUUUUUUAUAUUUGUUUUAUGAAUUCGCACAUAUGUCGGUAGCAAUGGUUGUUUGUAAAUUUUUAUUGUAUUAAUGUGAGACGAGUUGUGUGUAUUAUAGUGUGAGAUGCACUCGAUUGGAUAUCAUUGUGCUAUAUCUCUACGGUAUUGAGAGUUGAACGAUAUAAUGAUUUUGAAAGUUCAAACUCGAUGCCUUACCAUAUAAAAAGUUAUAGAACUGCGAUUAGGCAAAUUGCCGUUUCUCUCACACAAGUCUGUUAUCACUAAAUUCAUGCUGCCUUUCUCUAACUGCAUAUGUGAGAAAGGGCUAGCGUCUAAGUGUUGUCAGAUACUUGUACCAGAAACGGCUAUACUUACGUAAAAUUGUGAUUAAGUUCGUUUUCAAUGUGCAUUUGUAUAAGAAAGCUUAAACAGAAUGGUAAAAUGUAAAUAUAUAGUACGAAUGGAGGCCUGAUAUAAAUAUAGAAUAUUUUGUCACAACACGUAUAAUUAAUGUACAGAGUUAUAUAUAUUUGUACUUUAAUUGUGUUAAGCUUAAUAUCGUGAAAUUAUGUUCAACAAUAUAAAAUGAAAUUUGUAAUUAUUUCGUGUACGGCCUUUGUGAAUACGUUAGGUAUGUCAUUUUUUAACACAGUACCCGAUUUGCUCGUAUGAAAAGGUCACGCAUGAUUCAGGCUUUUGUUAAAUUAACAAUAAUCUCUGUAAUACUUUUUUUUUCAUGUUGAUUCAUUUUGUAGUAUGUGUUAAGUUUUAGUUUUUUUUUCUGUGAAGGGACCCGGUCAAUUCCUUUUGUGUUAUUACUUGCAACUAAAGCUGAGAGGUUACUGUGAAUUUAAAUUGUGAUAAUUAAAAAUAUGCCUUUGCAGCUACCCUAUAAUAAUUGAUAAUUGCUUCGAACGAGCAAUAAUAGGAAUAUAGGAAUUGACUAAGUCCCCCUCCCGAUAGUGUCGAUGUAAAAUAUCGAAAGAGGUAAAUGAGACGUGUAUAUUGAGUGAGUGAGAUGUGUGCGUGUGUGAGCGAGAUAGCGUCAACGUCUUAUUUAAGUCUAGUAUAUAGUUAGGAAAAACUGUGAAAAUGCAGGCAGUGAAUACAUAAAAUCAGUUUUUUUUUCUUUCCUGUAUCAAGGGAUCAACGGAUUGCUUGUUAAAUGUGAUAUCGCAAUAAGGUUUGCAAGUUGUAUGUUGGUUAGACCUUUUUCCGGAACACAGACGACCUCCGGUUGUUGACAACGAAACAUUGUGCUAUCGUGCUGAACUCGCGCUCUCUCCGGCGUAACUGCCCUUGCUGGGAUAUUCCCUGCCUUAUUAAAAAGUGAUAAAGUUCGAAAUUCCUUGAGCAUUAUAUUAACGUUUCGUUUCUUAGUAUUGAUUUCGCAUAUCAUAACAGUGUAAAUGAUGAUUCUGUUAUCAUAUUAGUGUUUAAAAAAAUUUUUGCAAAUAACAAUAUAUGGGCUCAAAUUUAGUAACAAUAUAUGGAAAUUUAUAUAUGGUUUAUAUUUACAAUGAUUAUCAAAUAUUUUCAAUUCAAAUGUCAAGUUUUAAUUAAUGAAAUGUAACUCUAGAAUAUUGGCGUUAGUAUUCGCCUUCCAAUGUAUUUAUAUAAAUUAAUAUGUUUUAUACUACACCCACUUGUACUUAAGUAGUGGAUAAAUUUUUAAGCAUUUUAUGAACACCAUAGAAAUUGUUUUACAUGAGACAUGCAGUCGUGUAACCUUUCAGAUAUGUAUGUAAUAAUGUUUACUAAUGGAUCCACGGGUGCAAAUUGUCAGUCGAUUGUUGCUAAAAUUCAUUCGAUGUGCCAUGACGCGACCGGAGCGGAGUUGCGGGUUCUUUACGGAAUGUUGUUGUUUAAUCCAAAAAUAUUUCCUAUAAUAUAAAUUUUUAUAUCUGA